AUGUUUAUGGUAUGUGGACUAACGAAGGAUCAAUUAAUUCACAUUGCUGUUAGGGAUAAGGCUGUAGUGAAUUAUGUUCAAACUGUUAAUACGAACAUAAUUGCUUCUCCUUUUUUGUUGGAGGCUGUUCCUAACAAUUACAGUUUUGCACAAGAUGAGGAUACAUGUAAAUAUUCAAUUCAAACUGGUAGUAUUGUUGAUUCAAGUGCAGCUUCUUCUUCUUCUUUGAGUAUGGAUUUUGAUGGUAUUAGCAGUGAGUAUGGAAAUGAAUAUUUAGGCAAAUAUGGUAGUUGUGGAGGUCGUAAGUAUUUGUCUACUGAUUGGGAGGGUUAUAUUACUCAUGAGGGUCAGAAGUUUGAGGGUGGAGUUUGUGAAUUCCGUGAUAAGUUGGCUAAGUACUCGAUUGAGAAUGGUUUUAAGAUGAAAUAUUUGAAAAAUGAGCCUCGUCGUGUUACUGCUGUGUGUGCUAAGAAGGAAUCAAAUGGCUGUGAGUGGCAUGUGCAUGCUGUUAAGUCGAAUGUAAAUGGAUUUUUUUAUAUUAAGAACUUAAAUAAUGCACACAGUUGCAGUGGUUUGAUCCGUGAGAAGAGAAAUAAGGCAAUGGGGUCUCGUUUGGUGUCUUCAAUUGUCAAAGAUAAGGUUCGUAGCAAUCCUUUGGUAAGGCCUAUUGAGCUGAUUACUGAUUUGAAGGAGAAUUAUGGAUUGGAUAUCCCUUAUCAUGUUGCGUGGUAUGGGAAGGAGUCGGCUACUAAGGAUUUGCAUGGUGAUGAGGAGUUGUCUUAUGCUCACCUGCCUUGGUAUGUGAAUGUUUUGAAGGCCAGCAAUGUCGGAUCUCAUUGUGUGCUUGACUGUGGCGAGGAUGGUUUCUCGUUUCCAGCGGAUCUUUAUAUGUUUUAA